AUGGAGAGUAAAAAGACAUGCAUUGCUAUGGUUCCUUCCCCAGGACUAAGCCAUUUGAUUCCACUUGUUGAGUUUGCUAAACUAUUACUCCAACAACACAAUGACUACCAAAUCACAUUCCUCAUUCCAACACUUGGUCCUCUCAAUCCUUCCAUGAAAACCAUCUUGAACACUCUUCCACCAAACAUGGAUUUCAUUGUUCUUCCACAAAUCAACAUUGAAGACCUUCCAGAAACUCAUGAACCUGCAACACAAAUGAAACUCAUAGUAAAACACUCAGUUCCAUUUCUACAAGAAGCAGUGAAAUCACUCAUUUCAAAAACUAACCUUGUUGCUUUAGUCUUUAGCAUGUUUUCAACCGACGCGCAUGAUGUUGCUAAGCAAUUCAACCUCUUGUCUUACCUUUUCUAUGCCUCAGGAGCUGUAUUAUUCUCAUUCUUUCUCACUUUUCCAAACCUUGAUGAAGGUGCUUCAACUCAGUUCUUAGAGUCAAGUUAUAAAACAGUGAAUGUUCCUGGUGUUUCAGAUCCUUACCAUGUGACCGAGCUUCCAGAUCCGUUUCUCUGCGAAAGAUCAAGCGAUACCUACUGA